AUGGCUCCUGAUCGGGGAUACCACGACAAUGAUGACGGAAACGAUGACCGCGAUGUUGGCGAACCUAGCACUCCACAUGCGCAAAUUACCAACACCGAGGAUGCACUCAGCCAAGGACCCGUCAUCCAUGGCCACAGCUUCACUCUUCGUGGCAUUCUAGUGGGGCUUCUGGUUGGCCUGGUUAUCUGCUUCUCCAAUAUGUACUUUGGCCUGCAGACUGGUUGGGUAAGCACCAUGACGAUGCCGGCCAGUUUGAUGGGCUUCGGCAUUUUCAAGGCGCUUUCUCGUCACCUGCAUUUUCCCUUCAGUCCUGUAGAGAAUGUGCUCGUUCAGACCGUAGCAGGAAGCAUGGCCAUCAUGCCGCUUGGUUGCGGAUUUGUUGGUGUGAUCCCUGCCAUGAAUUAUCUUCUAGCCCCCGAGGAACAGGGUCCCCUGAUCAUUCCUCUCUGGAAGCUGAUUCUAUGGUCAUUGGGCCUUUGUUACUUUGGCGUCGUAUUUGCCGUUCCGCUCCGACGGCAGGUUAUCAUCCGUGAGAGGCUGCGGUUUCCUAGCGGGUUCAGUACAGCCGUGCUCAUUGGGGUUCUUCACGGUCAGACGCGCAAGGCUGGGCCUGACGCCGUAUCAGGAGGCUUCGCAAGCUUGGUCCCGAACCAGGAUGCUAAGUCGGACUCGGCAGCAGAGUCUGACCAUAGCCGCAUUGCAAGCAUCACGGACCCCGAGAACGCCAACAUCGGCGAACCAGAUAAUGGGACACCAGACCACUGGGCGCGAAACAUGAGACUACUGCUGAUGUGUUUCGGUGUCUCGGGCUUCUACACGCUCUGCUCGUACUUCUUCCCUGAGCUUCGGAAUAUUCCCAUCUUCGGUACCAAAACUGCCAGUGUUUGGUUGUGGACUUUGAAUCCUAGCCCGGCCUACAUUGGUCAGGGCAUCAUAAUGGGCCCCGAGACGACUUUGCACAUGCUUCUUGGCGCGAUGAUCGGAUGGGGCGUGCUGUCUCCGUUGGCAAAGUAUCGGGGUUGGGCCCCAGGCUCCAUCGACGACUGGGAGACUGGCAGUAAAGGCUGGAUUGUGUGGGUCUCUCUAGCCAUCAUGCUUGCCGAUGCCAUCGUCAGCCUUGGCUAUAUCGCUUUCCGGCCCCUGGCGUGCCGUGUUCGCAAUGGAGGGCUCAAGGGGCUUUGGCAGCAAGCUGUCGACGAAGGGCAACAAUAUAUGGGCACUCGCCGUGGCUUGAGUCCGGGCUACUCCGCCCUGAACACAUACGAGGGCGAGGAGGCAACAAGUGCCACUAGGCUUUUGCCUGGGGCAACACAAAGAUCAGGCCUCCUUCGCAGAGCUUCAGUGUCGACGAACGACAAUUUCCGGUUGGAUGAGGCAGACGCGCCACUGGAGCAGCAAAUCAGCAACAAGCUUGUGGGAGUCGGCCUCGUCUUGUCCAUACUGCUUUGUAUCGCGACCAUCCACAUCGUCUUUGGCGACCUAGUUCCGCUUUACGCGACAGUCGUCGCUGUUCUUAUGGCACUUCUCCUGAGCAUCAUGGGAGUCCGAGCACUCGGCGAGACUGAUCUUAACCCUGUGUCUGGGAUUAGCAAACUUGCGCAGCUGUUCUUUGCUCUCAUCAUUCCUCAGUCGCACAAGUCGAGUGUGUUGAUCAAUCUGGUGGCAGGUGCCGUGUCCGAAGCAGGUGCCCUGCAAGCGGGUGAUCUCAUGCAAGAUCUCAAAACAGGUCAUCUCCUCGGGGCCGCACCUAACGCCCAAUUCUGGGGUCAGGUAAUUGGAGCGACAGCGGGCGCCAUUGUCAGUGCCUUCGUGUAUCAGUUAUAUACAGCGGUCUACACCAUUCCUGGUGAUUUAUUCCAGGUGCCUACGGGAUAUGUAUGGAUAUUCACGGCUAGGCUGGUCACUGGCAAAGGUUUGCCACCCAUGGCUCGCGAGUGGGCGCUUGGGUUUGGCAUCAUCUUCGCCGUGACGACGAUUGUUCGGACGACAACGGUCGGUCAGGUGUGGCGGCCGCUUGUACCUGGAGGCAUUGCUGUGGCAGUCGGAAUGUACAACGUGCCAUCUUUCACUCUGGCCAGGACUAUUGGUGGUAUGCUCAGCUGGUAUUGGAUCACAAGACGAGGCAAGUCGGGCACGCCGUUAAUUGUAUUGGCUUCGGGAUUCAUUCUUGGCGAGGGGUUCCUCAGCAUUGUUAACCUUAUCUUGCAGAGCAUUGGCGUGCCGCACUACUAG